CCAUGUGUCCCUUUCUUCAUCUACCACUUCCUCGCACCGCUCUCCUCUCUCGGACUCCAUGAAUGACCUGUGUUGGACGUUUGAGGGGCUGUUCUGGCUGAAAAUGAACUCUGCGCUUUGAUUGUUCCGGCUAAUUGUCAGAUGAAGAUGCACUCCACCGUGAAGCGGACCGCACCGAAGUAGCUGAAUCUUCCCAGAUGACCUUCCAGUGUGUGACGUCGGCUCACUGUGGCUCGACGCCAUCUCUGGUUUUACGAGGUUUACAAAGUUGCGGUUGCAACAUGCAGCUGUCAUUUUCCUCCUAGUCGUGCAUGUGAUUUCCCAUCUGUCUUCUCUGGAAUUUCGUGAGAAGCUACAUUUCUCAGAAGAACGCGUCAGAAUCCAUCAGUGGGAGCGCCGGUCAUUUUAAUCUCGAUCGUCAUUUACAAACCUGUAAAAUAGCUUGUUAACGAAAAAAUGGGAUUGCAAGAAAUUAGUUUUGAAAUGUAGAGCAUGACUUUUAGUAAGUCCCCUGUACCUAAUGAGAAGUUUGUUAUAACCGGGAAAUGUUCAGAGUUCAGAGGUGGAUCAACAUACUUAAAUCAUUUUUAUCAGUGACAUUGAAAGUUAGAGAAAGGAAGUCUGUGUCUCUGGUUCAAAGAGACGAGCUGAAGGUCAAUUUCACCUUUUGAGACGUUUUGAAUCAAGGCUUUUGUUCCUGCUGCUCCCAAAGGUGUCUCUUUACCUUCUUUUUGUGCCGUAGGCGGGGACUUUUGAGAGUACUAGCUUACUGUGUUUUGUCCCAUAGAAAUAUUCUACUACCACAAUCGGAGUUGUGGGGAAAAAAAAAAAAGUUGAACACUGCCUCUGAACUCUCCUGUGACUUUGGGCUUUUUGGGUAUUCUUCCUCCUUGACCUACUAGUUUUCCUGCUCUGUAGUCACCUGCUGUUAGUGUUCAGUGGAAACAUCUCGCAUGCACACUGUGUCACCUGCACUUUCCCUUGAAUACUGAUGUGUUUGUAUUCUCUCUGGGGUUGUUGUGAUGAAAAACAAUAGCAGAUGUUCAGGGAGGCCCAGUAGGCAGAUUUCAGUCUCUUGUUCAGCUCAACGAGACGAUUUCAUGCUAAAUUUCCCUUUUUAGUAUUCUAUCCUGUGCUCACUGAUGCCUUAGUUUCUUUGUAUUUAUUGCUCAUUGAAAGCUGUGAAUGUGUAGAUUUAGACACCUUGCUGUUUGUUUUGUUCACGAUUAAAUGAACGUGACUUUUUAAAUGGGAGCGCUGGCACCCAAGUUGCAUUCCGAGGUGGACGGGACUCAUUUUUUUUUCGUCCAUUGCUCUCGACAGUUCCAGCAUUUAAAAGACCGAAAUAAUGUUAUUAGUCAUGUUUCAUUUCCUCUGUAAUUCACCCAGAACUUUUCUUCCCCUCUCUCUAUCCCUCCUUCUCUCUUCCAGCUGGUUGAAUGCUGAGCUGCCACAUUCUCUCCCCCCCCCCCAGGCGAAGGAUUGGAUUUGGCAAAACAUCUCGGAAAAGACCGGCAUUCAACAAAAGCAGAGAGGAAGACGAGCGGAGGAGCAGCUCUGAACACAGCUGGGAGAAUUCAAUCCACACUGAGGAAUAAUCACAGUGUUCAGACUGAACUCUGCCCUGUGGAUGUUUCUCUUUCUCUUCUUCUUUUUCACCCUCAUUCACUGGAACGGACAUUAAUCUUUUUGAGAAUCACCUCGACGUCUGCCUGGGAGAUGACAGACUUGCCGCUUUCUCUUCUUCGUGAACGUUUUGACAGAGUUUGAGUGAAACUCCGGGAGCAGACGGGGAUUCUUUUCUUUCUUUUUUUCCCCUCUGUACUUUGAACAAUCUCUUUCAUUUUCUGUUUUGUACGUCGUCGUCAUCUCACUCUUGUCUUUUCCUGAUAUCGUUUGGUUUCUCAUAACAGGAAGAGAAGGAGGUGACUGACUAAAGUUCUAGUUUGGCUUUCACCAGGGGACAAGUCCUCCCGUGUGUGUGUGUGUGUGUGUGUGUUUUUGUGUUGGAGCGUCCCUCUGCGAUACAUUACCGUGUCUCAGGGAGACAAUAACCGGCCCUGUGUGUCUCUUCUGGGAAAAUGGGAUCAGAAAAGGACUCAGAGUCGCCUCACUCCUCUGUGAGCGGCGUCCCCAACCCUAAGUGCCGCGCGGCGGGCAAACGCCAGGGCCGCAUCUCCUUUCACAGCCUCUUCAACAGCAAGCGGGGCUCUCGUGGCGCCAGGGGCCCAAAGGGAGGAGCCGCCACCCCUUUAUCCCAUCACCACCAGCUUCAUCACACGCAACAACAGCUCCUCCCUACUGCCUUGAACUCGGCCUCUGCCGCGCCCACGACGACGACCACCACUGCAGCCACCGCGACCACCAGGGACGCCUCCAACUGCACCCUGUCAAAGCCGCUCUCCUCCAGCGAGCCAUCCCUGGUUGGAGCCCCAUCCUCUGAGGAGGCCGACCUCUUGGAGUGCCCCCUGUGCCUGGUGCGCAAGCCCUCCGAGCAGCUCCCCGAGCUGCUGGGAUGCAGCCACCGCUCCUGCCUCUGCUGCCUGCGGCAGUACCUCCGCAUCGAGAUCACGGAGAGCCGAGUCCAGCUCAGCUGCCCCGAAUGUGCCGAGAGACUGUCCCCGCGGCAGGUGGCGGACAUCUUGGAUGACGCGGCCCUGCUGGACAAGUAUGAGGAGUUCCUGCUGCGGAGGUGCCUCGCCUCCGACCCAGACUGCCGAUGGUGCCCGGCGCCCGACUGCGGAUUUGCCGUCAUCGCCUCGGGCUGUGCCAGCUGUCCCCGGUUGGUGUGUCGCAGAGAGGGAUGCGGUGCCGAGUUCUGCUACCACUGCAAGCAGGCCUGGCAUCCCAACCAGACCUGCGACUCAGCCCGCCAACAGAGGGCCCAGUCCCUGCACACCCACAGCAACCACUCCCCCAGCUACACACAGGAGCAAGGACCAGCUGAUGACAUCAAGCCCUGCCCUCGCUGCGGUGCCUACAUCAUCAAGAUGAACGAUGGGAGCUGCAAUCACAUGACCUGCGCCGUCUGCGGCUGUGAGUUCUGCUGGCUCUGCAUGAAGGAGAUCUCCGACCUGCACUACCUCAGUCCAUCUGGCUGCACGUUCUGGGGGAAGAAGCCUUGGAGCAGGAAGAAGAAGAUUUUGUGGCAGCUGGGCACCCUGAUCGGAGCUCCGGUCGGCAUCACCCUCAUCGCAGGCAUCGCCGUUCCCGCCAUGGUCAUCGGCAUCCCCGUUUACGUCGGCCGCAAGGUGAGAAACCCGCAGAGAGAAAGAAGCUUCAGCCACUGUAGCAGUAUGAUACACUCUAAGCAAAGGGCUCUGACCUGCAAGAGUUUAAUAGAAGAGGAAAAAGUUUAAAUGGCGGCAUGUUUGAUUUGUUAAAGUACUUCUUGACGUUUUUUAAACUACACUAAAGAAAAACGGUACAUGAAAUACAAUCUAGCAUACAAGUAACUCACUAAAUCCAGCAAAUAAACUGAAAAGGCUAU